GAUUACAGUUGAAUGUGUCCAGGAUUCUGUCCAAUUCACUCAUUUAUGGUAUGAUCUGCUUUGCAAUUACCAGUGUACCACAACAGAACAAACCCUCGCACCACAUAUUCAAAGCAAGGGCUUACAUACAUUACUGUUUGUUCAUUAAUUCUGUGUUGUCGAGUUCUCGAGAUUCGAGAUUUCUACCGCAUCCUGGUAAUAAUCAUGUCAAAAUACCAAUGCGCCUGGCCCUCUGGCAUAGCUUAUAUACCAGCUUCAAGCCCUUGCGGACCCAUAAACAAGACAAAUUCAGUUGUUCCCUGUUGUGCAAACGGUGACUUUUGUCUUUCCGACAAUAUCUGCGCAUAUACUUCUCACAGUAAUGCUGGUGGGAGUGGUUACUAUUCGGCCGGUUGUUCAGAUGGGACAUUCCUCGACGGACAGGUCUCAAGCUCCGCGUGUGCAAAUCGGUGUGCCGAUACUGGUCUACCAGAUAUUGUUUAUGAUAGUUCUGACGGUUCAUGGAAGUGCUGUGGUGGAAAUGAGAACCAGCGAAAUUGCCAGUCACCAACGAACGAAACAUUUAUUGGAGCAGCUCCAUCUAAUCUCUUUACUAUAUGGGUUGCCGGAUCCGCUACAACAGUAGUUUCGACGUCCAUGUCGACAUCAACAGCAUCAACAUCAUCAUCAACAUCAUCAUCAACAUCAUCAUCAACAUCGACCUCAACAAGUCCAGAACCGACCGUGACAACAUCAGCAGCGACAACACCCGCAGAACAGGCCAUAACUCCUACUCCAACGGCCGAAACACAGCCUCCUCCUUCCGGGAACUCUUCAGGGCUAUCGGUCGGAGCCAAGGCAGGUAUCGCAAUCGGUGCAGUCGUCUUAGCUUUUGCUCUUCUCGCGCUCAUAUCAGUGUAUAUCCAUCAUCGCCGUCGUCGAAAACGACCAGUUGAGCAUCCGGGUAUGCCUCCAACAGAAACCAAGGGUCGCCUUCCAUCGUCACUAUAUGAACUUCCUCCGACGCCGAAAGCACAGGAGCUUCCACCGAAUCCAAAACCAUUGCCCGAGUUAUACUAAAUUACUAAUUAGCGACUUAGUAUGUCUUCAGUACCUUGUCAACGGUGGAUAAUACUUGAUUUUUCAUGUAAUCUUAGCGGGCUUCUUCUCUUCUGAUCAUUCAUAUUCGGUGUCCCUUAUCGGCCCUAACCCUAACCUUUCGUAAGUAACCUACAAACGAAUGUACGAGUCUCUCGACAAUGCCCAUACCCAGCUACACAGAGGACAAGGGCAGCUAGAGAUAUAUUA